AUGUAUUUAAAAUUUCUAUUGAUUUCAUUUAUUGUUCAUUCAUCAUGUUUAAAUCUUCUUGAUGUAUGUCAAUCAGGUAUUCGUGAUGAUGGUAUAAAUUAUGUACAUUGUGCACGAAAAUCUUUAUCUGAAAUUCCACGGUUUUCAUCCAACCGUUUAUUUAAUUUAGCGUUCGAUGAACUUAUUUUAUCCGAUAAUUUAAUAGCACAUAUACAUGCAAAUGCAUUUAAUGGUUUACGCAUAAAACGUCUUGUUAUGACGGGUAAUCAAUUGAAAUCAAUUGAUGAAAAUGCAUUUCGUGAAUUAGAAAACUAUCUUGAAGAAUUAAUAUUAGAAUUCGAUUCAACUAUUGUCGAUAGAAUUCCAUUGGCAAUACAAAAAAAUUUGAUCAAUAUUAAAAGUGUAACAUUAAUUGGUUUGAAUCUACGUAUAUUACCGUCAAAUAUAUUUAAUCAUAUGAAAAAACUAGAAAGUCUAACAUUAAAAUCAUGUAAUAUACAGUUUAUUGAAACAAAUGCGUUUAGUUUCAUUGAAAAACAUUUACGUUACUUGUAUCUCGAUCAUAAUAAACUUGAUCAAAAAAUAUUUUCCGAAAUAAAUCGUUUAAUUUCACUUGAAAAAUUAUCAUUAUCAAAUAAUUAUAUACAAGAAUUUGAUAUUAAAUUAUUAAAUAAUAAUUUACAAUAUUUGGAUUUAUCAUAUAAUUAUUUAAAAAAAUUAGUAAUUAAUAAUAUGAAUAAUUUACAAAUAUUAAAUUUACAAAAUAAUCUAUUAACAUCGGAACAAAUUUAUGGUUCAAUACCAAAACAAUUAAAAGAAUUAAUACUCGAUUUUAAUGCUGUGCAUAGUUUAAACAAGAAUUUUAUUACAGAAGAUAAUUCAUUGGAAAUUUUAUCUUUACAAAGUAAUGAAUUUCUAUUGAUGAAUUCAGAUUUAUUUCAAUAUUUGCAUAAACUUAAAAAAUUAAACUUAGCAAGAAAUAAUAUUCAAAUGAUACCAAAAGGUUUGUUUAAUUAUACUCGUUCACUUGAAGAUUUAAAUAUGGACCGUAAUCCAUUGAUUCCAUUGUCGAUCGAUGCAUUUUCUGGUGUAGAAUAUUCUCUACGUAACCUAAGUUGUCAAUCAUGUUCUUUAACAUCGGAAUCUUUAAUUGCAUUUUUACGUUUGAAAAAUCUCGAACGUUUAAAACUUCAAUCAAAUUCAUUAACAAAUAUUUAUCCGGAAAAUCUUUUUUCCUCAAUGUCAAAAUUAUGUGUCAUCGAUUUACAACGUAAUCAAUUAACACAAAUAUCAUCUCAAUAUCCUUCAUCAUUACGUGAAUUAACCUUGGGUAAUAAUCGCUUAACUAGUUUACCAUUUAACAAUAAAACAUUUCAACAUCUAUCUCAACUUGUUACACUUGAUCUUAGUUCAAAUCCAUUACAUUGUAAUUGUCAUAUAAAAUCAUUGUACUAUUGGUUAUUAUCUCAUUUUCAAUCGGAACUUGUUCCAUAUGUACAGUGGAUUUGUUCAAAACCAGAAAAUCUCUAUGGAAAACAAUUAGGUUCUUUAUUGGAUCAUCAAUUGAUCUGUGAAGAAAAACAAAUAUCAUCAUUUACUGUAUGGAUAAAAGAUUCUGAAACAGCUAUACUUGAAUGGUCAUUGACUGAUUUAUUAUCGUCUUUAAAAUUAAUUGUUACUGAAAAUAAUAGACCAUUACCAUUUAUUUAUUUGAAUAAAACACAAAAUUAUUAUCUCCUUGAAAAUUUAAAACCAUCAACAUCCUAUUCAUUGUGUUUACAAACAAGUGAACAAUAUCUUUGUCGAAAUAUAACAACAAAAAGCCAACAAUAUAUUUCUCUAUCAUCAUCAUCAUCAUCAUCAUCAUCAUCAUCAUCAGUAACUAUUAAUAUUGAAUAUGUUAUCAUUGGUAUAACUUUGGGCAUUAUUAUUAUUUUAUUCAUACUUUCUAUUCUAAUAUUAUUUCUUAUCAAACAACGUAAACAAUAUCCUCAUUCAUUAAAAUCAGCAACAAUAGAUUCAUAUUAUCAAACAACUGGCUCCGAUACAACACACAUUGCAACCUCUAAUAAUUCAAUAGAAGAAAAUUCAAUAAAAAGUUUUCAUCGUCAUCAAUCAAUGCCGAUAUUUUGCUAUUGUCAGUUGCCAUCGACUUGCUGUCCGGACCAGCCAGGCUAUCAUCUAUAUCAUGAAAUUCCUCAUUAUAAACCACCUGUUAUUAUUUAA